AAAUGGGAAGUGCCGUCUUCCUGUAGUUUCCUGCAGUUGGCCACUCAAACAAACAUACGUUCACACACUUGCAUCUAUAGGCCCCACGCAGCCGUGCACACACGCACGCGCCGCUUGACGCCACUCGAGAAUCACGUAGUGGUGACUGCCAGUGGAAAAGAAAAUUCAUUACUCACACAGCAGUUUCUUCAGCUUUCCAGCUCUGCACAAGUGGUUUUCCUGUGUCCUCAGGGAUACCUAUAUAAAGUCUACUGCUGUGCUGUGGUCAGAACAACUGAAAUCAGAAAACUACAAGAAGUUCUAAGGCAGCUGUCCUAUGUGAAAGACGGACUUCAGGACAAUGAAAAGAUGAUAUAUACACCGGAGACCAAUGAGCAGGACUGUUGCGGUCAGUCAGCCUUGAGGUGCUUCAGAGCAGCCAUGAAGGUCCAUUUCAAUGUCAGUGAGAAAAGACUAAGCAUGCUUCACAAGAGUCUCGAAAACCCUCUGACUAUCAAAGGUGUGAACUUCUGUAAUUCAGGAAAUUCUACGAAAACAUGCAGCGCCUGUGACUCAUAUCCUAAGGCAAAGCCAAAAGCUUUUUUCAACAAACUGGAGUCUUUUAUUCAGUUGGCAAUAACCAGACUGAGUGUGGGCUGAUUAGAGAAGACCUAGUUAUGACCAACGCCUAAGAGACACUAAGUUGAAAUGAUGCUAAAUGUAAAAGGUCUACAUGUCUUUUUUUUUUUGUAUUUAAGUUAUUUAAUAUUUAUUGAUAAAGUGGCGGUGAGUCCACACGAACUCAUAAAGAAUGUAUUUCCAUAAAGCUGCUUUGCCGCCACCCAGUGGACUGGGCUUGGUAGUUUCUUAAUUUUUUCACCUGUAGUGGAAGUGGACUUCUUUUUCUAUCUUUGAAAAAAGCUGUUAUAAUAUUUUGAGUUUCAUUAUGGUGAUGUCAAACUGUACUAUUUAAAAAUAUAUUUGCUUAAGAUUUCGAGUUUUCAAAAUGUUAUUGUUUAAAGUUAAUUUACUGUAUAUCUUUAACCUGUGAGAUGUAUUUAAGUAAUACAGAAAUAAAUGAGGAAAUGUCUAAAUAACAAUAAAGGGAUGUGUGAAAACAAAACGCCUUAUUGUGUUGCUGUGUUGGCGCUAGAACUUCUCUAGAUAAUGAUACUAUUAAUAAACAAUGACUUAAUCAUUUUCGGGCGUCCACUCUCGCUCUCCGGAUGAUUGCUGCACCGUUAGGUUUAGAAAAAAAAAUCUAUUAUAAUAUGAAAUGUAUGAUACAGUAAAGGUUCGUCCAACCCAGUGUUAGUUCAACAUAUUAGAGGGUCGAUGUGUUGAGAACUAUAAUUUCAUUAUUUGUUUAUGUUUCAAUAUAUACACAAUGAAAAUAAUGUUAAAUAAAGCUGAAUUUUCACGGUUCAAAAUUGCUGCUACACGGUGUUAGAAUUACAUUACUGCCACCUUCUGGCAAUAAAAUAAAUACCUUAUAAAUGGUAUUACCUGCAAAAUAGGAGGGAAAAUAUAUAGACAUUACUAAUAUGUGUUAUUUCUACAGUAUAAUGUAGUACAACAUACAAUGCCAGUAACCCAAUAAAAUUGAGUGAGGGGAAUCAUUCCUUCUCUCUUUGGCAAUCACAUGAGGUACAAAUAAUUGUCCUACUUUUCUUAAUAGUCUCCUACUAUUCACACUAUUUUAUUUUAAACACUAAUGUAUUAAUAAUCCAUUAAUUAUUAAUAAAUUGGGAAAUGUAUUAAUAAUAGUGGUACUACA